AUGGGAUUCUUACCAGACGAGGCGAAGUCUCUCCCUCCGCCGGGAAUCAUCAACAGGAACUCGAUGUGGUUGGCAGCAGUGGGCUGGUGUUCUGCGCUGAUCCAUAACGCCAUUAACCACAGGCCGCCGAUUAAAGCAGGUCAGCGUGUUUACCUGGUGGAUUUCAGACUGUAUGUAGUCUACAAAGGUGUAUUUUAGACCGGAGAGUAUCUGACAUUUAACCCUAAAACACUGUCACUAAAAUUAGUAACACCAUCACUAUUACCGGGUGAUUUUUACCUGAAAUAAUAUACCCAAGAAAAAGUACUAGUCAUAUCAAAAUAUAUCUAAAUAGGACAAUACAUGAAAAAUUAAAGUAGUUUUCUCUUGUCCAAAGGGAUGGGGGAAAAGUCCCAUGAGGGGACCAUAUAAAAAUGCAACAAAAUAACUGAAAUUAGGCAUUCAUGAACAAAAUAUUCCUAAAAAAAAAAAACCAUAAAAAUAUAGAAACUGUAAACUUAAUUUCUUUUCCUCCCAUUCCUGGGGCAUCUGAGUCUUCCCUGCUGAAGACUCAGGGUCCUUAACAGCUGCAGGAGAGAGAACCAAAAUAUGGCAGCUUUUUAUUUGGAGUGAGUAAAAAUGACCAGCUGACUCAAAUAUUUCUUAUCACCAUGUGAAUUCCCUUGAAAAUCACUACUUUGUGAUAGUCAUUCAUAACCACUGCACUAAUUAAAGAUAGCAUGCAAAUUCCAGGACCACUCUUACUGAUCUUAUUCCCUACAUGCAGCUCAACUCAACAUAACUUUAUUCUUAAAGCACAACCACAGCUGAACAAAGUGCUGUACAUAAAUAGGCAAAACAACGCAGACAGAAAAACAAUCAAAAAACAAUCAAAACAGUGGAUAAAAUAAAAGCAGAUAUUAAAAAGUAAAAUAUAGUUUCAAUGUUUUUAAAAACUAAUGUAAAAACAAUAAAAACUAAAAACAAACCAUAAAACACUAAAACAGGAGCCGAGUCUCAUGUAGGGUUGAAAGCCAAUGAAUAAAAAUGGGUAUCAGCUAUCAAAUCCACCCAAACCUACUUUACCCUCUAUCACUAUUGACAGGUGAAAAUCACCCUGUGAACACGUGCCUGUAGGAAAAAGCAGGUUUUGGACCAGAGAAACAAAUAUGCCUUCAAAGAUGUCAAAGGAAAUGCUGAGGCUACCCAGGGACCCAUGAUACUCAGACAAACGCAACAUUAUGAAAAUCACGUAAACAUGUUUGGCCCGGCGAUAGUGUUCUAGGGUUAAUAGAAAAAAAGCUUAAAAGCUGCGCAGACAUUGUGCAUUUAGCAGUUAUCCACCGUGUUGUCAUAAAGAAAUAUUACACUAAUGUGUGUAUGAAAAUGCAGCAACUACAACUAUUCCUUUUCAUUGUUUUUAUUACUAAAGGUUAAUUAAAGUGGCAGUGAGGAGAAAGGACCUACACAAAAGUGUCAUGCCUUGGUCUUAAAAUACACGAUAAAUGACCUGUUUUCAUGUUUCCCUCUUUUAGGUGUCCAUCGGCAGGUCCUCUUGACAACAGUCGGUUGGUUCCUCGGCUAUUACCUUACAAAAAGGGAAAACUAUAUUUACGCCAAACUUGAUCGAGAUAUGAACGAGUAUAUAAGACUGCAUCCAGAGGACUUUGCACCAAAGGGUAAGAGAAAUGCAGCUAAGGAGGACACAAGGGAGUUAAAAACAACUAUCUCCAUGUGUAGUUCUUAUUUUGUGCUCCACAAGGAUACUGCACUUACUCUUUAAACCUGGGGCAGGACUGUGAUCACCUUAUCCACCUUUACAUGCAGUUUAGUAAACCUCAGACCCAGACUAACUCACUGCAGAUGCUAAGUUUGUACAUGAUGAGUUGGGUGGGUUUUCAGUGUUUAGGUUAUCAACUGUUGGCUUAAGAACCAAGAAGUUUUGUUAUUGUCUACUUACUUUGCAAAAGCUUAGUGCUCUUUGCAAAAAUAGUUUCAUGUAUGAUUUUGCAAAUGAUGUACCUUUUAUCAGCUAAUAACAACUCAGAAUCUUUAAACAUGGUCAAAAUGAGGAUGUGAGGCUACAAGAUGAGUGAUUAAUGAGACUAUCUCAUUGAAUUUAAUGUACAGAAAUACAUUUGUAAGUCUUGCAGAGAACUAAAAUUAUAAGGAGCUAAAGCAUUAAUCAAAAUGUAUCUCUCUUUUUGUCUUUUAUCUCACCAGAAAAAAAGACCUUUGCUGAGAUUGUGGAGCCUUUCCAUCCUAUUCGCUAA